AGCCGUUGUUGCAUCCGCUCCCCGGCCCGCUUUUAAGGUUGCGUCUUGGAUUAUAAGGGUGAAUCGAUGGCAACAUCUCCAACCAACUCAGCAAUGGAAGCAUUCGUCGCGAGACGAUCUCCGGCCUUCCUCCUCUCCUCCCACUCUUCGCUUCGAUCGCCUUCUUCGGUCAUUCGACGAUGUCGGGUUUCGUUCUCAUCAUUCCCCUCCCGGUCUCUCCCGCGCUCGCGGAGCCCCCAACCCUUCCAUCAUCGAACCCUACCCCCCCACCCCUUCUCCUACGGCAACAGGAAUCUUUGUAUGGCCCUUCAAUCCAGGACAAAUCCUGUUGCGGGAACCCCUACCAAGGAUGAUGAGUUAUUCCUUAGGACAAUGAUCUCAGGCAUGGAGAAGGUCUACUUAAGCAGAAAUCCUACUGCUAAGGCCAUUCUGGAACUUGUUAGGAAGGAUGAUGGGGAUCAUAUCUGCUAUGAUCAUUUUGCUUUUCGAACUUUUGGGGUAGAUGGGUAUGGCAUUGAUUCCAUGGCUAAGAUAUUCCUAUACUUUGGUUAUAAGCCACGUGAAGAAUUGAGAUUUCCUGCAAAGAAGCUGAAAGCAUUGUGGUUUGCUCCUCCAGAUACUGGAUACAGUGAAAAUGGAACUGGUGUUCAUGGGCCUUUGCCAAGGAUAUUUAUAUCAGAGCUUCUUGUGGAUCAGCUAAGUUAUCAAAGUCAGGAAGUAAUAAGGAAAUACAUCAAAGGUCAUGGAUAUGAACAUGCUGCUCUUGCAAGUACCUUGGGAUGCCUGACGUGGGAAAAGCCUUCAUAUUCCGACUAUCAAUUGCUAUCUAGAGAGAGUGAAUAUGCUGCAUGGACACUUGUCAAUGGUUAUGCAUUGAACCAUGUCACUAUUUCUACUCACCGGCUGAAGUCACAUAUCAGAAAAAUUGACAGCUUUAACCAAUAUAUUGAAGCUAAUGGAUUUAAGUUAAACUCUGAAGGAGGAAUCUUAAAAGUGAGCCCUGAUAGCCUUCUACUGCAAAGUUCAACUGUUGCUGAUACCAUCUCCUUCGACUUUGCUGAUGGUGUAACCGAGUCCGCCCCUUGUUCAUACAUCGAGUUUGCAGAACGUCUUUUGCUUCCUGAAUACAAAAAUAUACCUGAUGAAGAGGUUAAAGAAUUCCAUAGGCGUGAUGGUUUUGAAGUAGGCAAUGCUGACAAGAUCUUUGAAAGCACUUCAAGAGAUCAAGUAACAAGGAAAUCUGCUUGACAAAUGAAUCUGGAAAUCUGCAUGAGUACAUGGGACUAUCUAAUGUGGGUAUAAUCUUUUGCAUAUACAGAUUCAAUGAAUUUACAGAUCCAAUGGUUUUAAGGGAUGAUAUUCAAUUUCAUUAUAUCCUACUUGUACCAAAAGAUAUAUUACAUGUUCAACCAAAUGAUUUAUAAACAGAAAGGAAGAAUAGUAUAA